AUGGCAUCUUUCAGUUCAGAUUUCAGCCUUGUAUGGUACUUGAAAGAACUAAACCAGAAGGAAUUCAUGAAGUUUAAGGACUUUCUCAUACAGGAGAUUCUGGAACUGAAGCUGAAACAGAUUUCUUGGACUGAAGUGAAGAAAGCAUCUCGGGAAGGUCUUAGCAACUUACUUCUGAAAUGUUAUGGGGAGAAUCAAGCCUUGGAUAUGACCUUCAAAAUCCUCCAGAAGAUCAAUAGAAAAGAUCUCACUAAGAAGGCAACAAGAGAGAUUGCUGAAAACUCAAAGCUUUAUCGAGAACACUUGAAGAAGAAGCUGUCCCAUAAUUGUUCCAAAAUGUUCAACAUCAAUAUUCAAGAUUUCAUUCUGGAGACAGUCAUUCAGGAUGACUAUGAUACUUUUGAGAACCUUCUUGUAUCAAAGGGAGAUGAAAAGAAGCCACACAUGGUGUUCCUGAAAGGCAUGGCUGGAAUUGGCAAGACGCUGAUGUUGAAAAAUGUAAUGCUGGCCUGGGCAAAAGGUCUGGUGUUUCAAAACAAAUUCUCAUACACCUUCUACUUUUGUUGUCAAGAUGUGAAGCAGUUGAAGACAGCAAGCCUUGCUGAACUUAUCUCCAGAGAGUGGCCCAUCUCCUCAGCUCCUAUAGAGGAGAUUCUGUCCCAACCUGAGAAACUCUUAUUUAUCAUUGACAGCUUGGAAGGGAUGGAAUGGGAUUUAACCAAACAGGAAUCGGAGCUGUGUGGUAACUGCACGGAGAAGCAGCCCGUGAGUUUACUGCUGAGCAGUUUGCUCAGGAGGAAGAUGCUCCCCGAAUCCUCUUUCCUCAUCUCCGCUACCCCAGAGACUUUUGAGAAAAUGGAGGACAGGAUUCGGUGCACAGAUGUGAAAACAGCAACUGCAUUCAAUGAGAGAAGUAUUGAGAUAUGUUUCCACAGAUUGUUCCAAGAUAGGAACACAGCCCAGAAGGCCUUCAGUUUGGUAAGAGAAAAUGAGCAGCUAUUCACUCUGUGCCAGGCCCCUCUGCUCUGCUGGAUGGUGGCCACCUGUUUAAAAAAGGAGAUAGAGAAGGGAAAAGACCCAGUCUCCAUCUGCCGACAUAUCACUUCCCUGUAUACCACUUAUAUCUUCAAUUCAUUCAUUCCCCAAAGUGCCAAAUAUCCAAGUAAGAAAAGCCAAGACCAGCUGCAGGGCUUGUGUUCUCUAGCGGCCGAGGGCAUGUGGACCGACACAUUCGUGUUUAGUGAGGAGGCGCUCCGGAGAAAUGGAAUCAUGGACUCUGACAUCCCCACACUAUUGGACAUUGGCAUGCUUGGAAAGAUCAGAGAGUUUGAAAAUUCUUACCUAUUCCUCCACCCAUCGGUUCAGGAGAUCUGUGCUGCCAUCUUUUAUCUGCUAAAGAGCCAUGGAGUCCACCCUAGCCAGGAUGUGAAAAGUGUAGAGACAGUCUUGUUUAUGUUUUUAAAGAAAGUAAAAACACAGUGGAUUCUUUGGGGCAGUUUCAUCUUCGGCCUUUUGCACAAAUCAGAACAAGAAAAGCUAGCAGUGUUUUUUGGCUACCAGUUGUCCCAGAAAAUACGGCAUAAGUUAUAUCAGUGUCUGGAAACAAUAAAUGGCAAUGUAGAACUCCAAGAACAAAUAGAUGGCAUGAAAUUGUUUUACUGUCUGUUUGAGAUGGAAGAUGACGCCUUCCUCGUGAAAGCAGUGAAUUGUAUGCAGCAAAUUAACUUCGUGGCUAAUUAUUAUUCUGAUUUUUUUGUUGCUGCCUAUUGCUUGAAACGCUGUUCUACACUGAAGAAACUAUCCUUUUCAACCCAAAAUGCCCUGAAUGAAGAAUUAGAACAGCAGUAUAGGGAAAGGCUACUCAUUUGUUGGAAUGAUAUAUGCUCUGUGUUUGUAAGGAGUAAAAACAUCCAGACACUCCAAAUAAAAGACACUAAUUUCAGUGAGCCAACUUUUCGGGUCUUGUAUGAAUCUCUGAAGUACCCAAGCUUCCCUCUUAGCAAACUUGUGGCAAAUAAUGUGCACUUCUUUGGUGAUAACCACAUGUUCUUUGAGUUGAUUCAGAAUCACAAUUUACAGUACUUGGACCUCAGCUGCUCAUCCCUGUCCCCCAAUGGAGUGAAACUAUUGUUUGAUGUCUUGAACCAGGCAGAGUGCAACAUAGAAAAACUUAUGGUAGCACACUGUAAGCUUUCACCUGAUGACUGCAAGAUCUUUGGCUCCAUCCUGAUGAGCAGCAAGACAUUGAAAAUUCUUAAUUUGGCAUCCAACAAUUUGAACCAAGGAAUAUCCUCAUUGUGCGAGGGUUUGUGCCACCCAAAUUGCGUUCUGGAGUACUUAGUUUUGGCCAACUGUUCCCUCAGUGAGCAAUGUUGGGACUACCUUUCUGAUGUUCUUAGGAAGAACAAAACUCUGAACCAUCUAGACAUCAGCUGCAAUGACCUGAAGGAUAAAGGAAUCAAGAUUCUCUGUAAAGCUCUGACUCUCCCAGACUGUUUCAUGAAGUCACUAUGUUUGAAACAUUGUCAAAUCACCACUAGGGGCUGCCAGGACCUGGCUGAAGUACUGAGGAACAACCAGAACCUGAAGCACCUACAUGUUUCAAACAAUAAGCUAAAAGAUGCUGGAGUGAAGCUCUUGUGUGAUGCUAUAAAACAUCCCAACUGCCACUUAGUGGAUCUAGGGUUGGAGGCCUGUGAGAUAACUGGUGCCAGUAGUGAGAACCUUUCUUUUGCUUUUAUCCAAUGUAAGACCCUGAAGAGGCUCACCCUGAAGGGGAAUGCCUUCGAAAUCAGUGGGAUGGUUUUCCCUCCAAAGUUCUAA